CAGAAACUGCCACACUCUGCCGGAAGUUCCGCGCGUACAGCUCUAGUCCACCGGAAGUGUCGUUAUACAGCUGCUGUCAUUCUCGGAUCGGUUGGGUUUACCAGGUGAAAGGAAGCCUCAGAUGGGUCCUGAACGGAUCUUUCCAAAUCAGAAUGAUGAGCUUGGAGACCCCCAAGAUCCCCCUGUAGCCUUUAGUGGGGGAGAGGAGGAGGAGGAGGAUGAAGAUGGUGUCCAGAGUGGAUACCAAUACCAGCCACUAAACCAGGAACCAGAGGAAGGAGCCCAAACUGAGGGGGAUCUACAGGAGCGGCUGCAGGCAAUGCGUUUGCACCUCCCCGAUCCCCCACCAGAUAGCGAAGAUGAGGAGGAGAGCGAGACGGCUUCCAGCUCCAUCCCAAUGGAUCCAGAGCACGUGGAGCUGGUAAAGAAUACGAUGGCUGCUGUGAAGUUGCCUUCGCUUUCUGUCCCGCUGUGGGCUCAGCAGAUAUCAGAUGCCGAUUGGCAGAAGCUGGUCAAUCAGACGAUUCAGUCCCGAGCGGCCGCUCCUGUGCACAGCAAAAAGUGACAUUUCUGCUUUAUAAGAAAGGUGGGAACUCAUCAGCUGCCCUCAAGACUGUCCCAAAGAGCGGGUGUGUUUGGAUACCAUGUGAGGAUUUGAGUAACACGUGUACGCAUACCAGCUCACGACAACACAGAAUCUUCCACAUAACAUGACCCUGUGUUUUAUCCGCUGCAAUCAAGCUAAAAGAAGAGGCAGAAUUGGGACGCCAGCGCAUUCCUUUAUUUUUUCGAAAGCUUUUUUCAUUUUACUUAAUUUGUUGAGCAGUUGCUUAAGUGGCGCGGGACACAUGAUGACCAAAGCGAUCAGUGAAUAAAAGCAUUGUCUAAA